UGUUUACUAGUACGCAUGGCUGUCAACGUGAGAACAAAAUUGUUUUAAUUGCCCUUGGGAACACUAAAUUAACCGAAUUUACCGACGUUACAAGAUAAUUACAUAUUUAAAGUGAACAGAGAUUUAUGCAAUUACUCGAUAUCAAAUAUCGUAAGAUAUUUCUAAGUUCACUUAUUGAAUCGUUUCGUCUGAAAUCAGUGUAUGCAGUUCGUGCACAAUUGGUGGUCACGUUGAAUCAUCGGAAGUAAUUGUCAAUCUAAACUCUUUGAAGGCACAAGAUUGAGCAUUAUGUGCGCGAAAAUGGCUUUUCAGCAUCAGGCUGGUACUGCUAUGAAAUGCUUAAGUAUACCGAUUACUUUGCACAAGGAAACAGAAGUCGAUGAAAAUGGUGAAGAAGUAAUGAAAUGUGGUUUUAAAAUAGGAGGUGGAAUUGAUCAAGAUUUCAGGAAAAGUCCACAGGGUUAUACGGAUAAUGGCAUAUAUGUUACUGAAGUACAUGAGGGAUCAGCAGCAGCAAAAAGUGGUCUCCGGAUGCAUGAUAAAAUUUUACAAUGCAAUGGAUAUGACUUUACGAUGGUAACUCAUAAGAAAGCAGUAUCGUAUAUAAGGAAACAUCCAGUAUUAAAUCUAUUAGUAGCCCGUAAAGGAGUAACCAGUACUUAAUUACCAAAUGAAGUAUCUAUUUGGUCUAAGGAAAGUAUUUAUUUCAUCCUAUACGUUAACAAAGUCAAUUUAUUCUAACUACGUGUCUACCAAAUAUCAAAUUAGAUUAUGAUCAAUAGUAAAGUAUUCUUCAGUUAACUUUAUAAAUGCAAACUGAUAAAAUUCUUAAUAUUUUAUUUUUUAUUUUAUAAUUGUAUCAGUAACAGGUGUCAAAAACUUCAUUUGAGAUAGGGACACGAUGUUAAUUCGUGCAUGUUCAAUAACAUUUACAUUUACUUUGGGAACAUAAUGAUUAUCUCUCGUUACAGUAGACAUAAGAUAUUAAAACGGUAGUUUGAUAUAUAUGUAUAAAAGCCCUGUUACGAUUCAUUAUUGUUGUUGAUAAGGAUAACAGUAUGUAAGUGUUUUUUAAUAACUCGUGAUAACUAAUAACACAUUAUUGUGUGUAAUUGUGCUUGAAAAACAUAAUUUACGUAUUUACGUGUGAAAAUCAUGCUAUCUAAUGUUUGUUGUAUAUCAAAAUUUUCAUCUAUAUUUCUUGUGCCAAACAGUAGCUGCUACGUGGAAUCCAUAUGAAUAUUUCUCGUCAUUGUGUAUAUAUUUAUAUACAAAAAAGUUCCAUAAGCAAAUCUAUUUAAAUGAAGAACAAAUUUUGAUCAAUUUCAAUCAAAGAAAUAGUUGUAUGGAUAAAAGUUAUGAUAUUUUAAUGCUUUAAGUAUUUCUACAUUGUAAAAUAUAACAAAAAUGCCAAAGCAUAAUGAAGUUACACUAGUUUAGAUACACAACAUACUUUUUACAAAAUUUUGUAUUUCUAGUAUAUCAGUACACUAUCAUAAGAUUUAUACAAAAUAUUUCGAAUUUACACAUUUAAAGUAUUCUUUAUCUAUUAAAACAGUUAUACAAUAAACAUUGUUUCAAUACUUUUAACAAGUAUACACCUAGGGUAUACAUAAUUUAUGCGAAUAAGUAUUAAGAUACAUUGAACUACUGCAUUUAAGUGCAUUUGAGAACAAGUUUUAUUAAACUAAAAUGAAAAUCAUUGAGACUGUUCACUUUAAGACCAACAGAAGUAUUAAAUUUUGUAUUUUGUAACUUUUAACUUUACCCAGUACUGAACGUUUCAAUGCAUUUAUACAUGUUCUUACAAAUAAGAAAAACAAAUUUGUAUUUUAUCUUCCGUAAAUUGGUUCUAUAAGUAUCAUAAGUGAAACAAAAGGAACAGUUCCUGUAAUACAUAUAACUUUCUUUCAUAUCCUGAAGUUUUAAAUACAAUCACGGCAAAAAUGUCAAACCAGUUCAUAAGGCAUAGUAUAAUAUGUUGUCAUAAUUUUAUAACUAGUCUACUAACAGGAAGGAAUUUAAACAAAAUUGUAAACUGUAAAUUAUUACGUGUGCAAUCAAUAUGCAUGCACCCUAGUAUUAUAAGAUUUUUGUAUAGAAUCCUGGUGUGACAAAUUAUAUGCAUUAGUUCGAUCAACUAAGAUAAAUAUCAUGUUAUUUAUUACCAAAAAAGAUGAUUAAUAUAGAGAAAUAUGAAAAAAGA